CGUUGGCAAGUCAAGAAUCACAAGAAGCGAAGUAAAAAAAAGUUCCCAGCUUUACUCUGAAUCUAGAACCCCAUCCAACGGACGAAAAAAUUCCCAGAAUUUGAAACGAAAAUGUCGAUGAUCCCAAGUUUCUUCGGCAACCGACGAAGCAACAGCUUGGAUCCCUUCUCUCUCGAAAUAUGGGAUCCUUUCAAGAAUUUCCCAUCACUUCCCCAAGAGAGCUCUGCCUUCGUCAAUACUCGCGUUGACUGGAAAGAGACCCCGGAAGCUCACGUGUUCAAGGCCGACCUUCCAGGGCUGAAGAAAGAGGAAGUGAAAGUGGAGAUUGAAGAUGACAGGGUGCUCCAAAUCAGCGGAGAGAGGAAUGUCGAGAAGGAAGACAGGAAUGACACGUGGCAUCGCGUAGAGCGUAGCAGUGGCAAGUUCAUGAGGAGGUUUAGGUUGCCUGAGAAUGCCCAGAUGGAUCAGGUUAAGGCUUCUAUGGAAAAUGGGGUCCUUACCGUUACUGUUCCCAAGGUUGAAGCGAAGAAGCCUGAUAUAAAGGCCAUUCAGAUUUCUGGUUGACGUUUGGAGUUUCUGAAACAUGGAAUAAUGCUACAAACUGUAAUGUCUUAAGUGAGUCUAAUGUGUUUAUCAGUGUUGGCUGUUAAUCUUGUAAGUUGUCAGUAGAUUAUGUAUUUACAAUGUGGUUCAGUUCAAACUUCAAAUGAUGCAAGAAUGUAAUCAGAAUUCUAGCAAUGAAAGUGAGAGUUGUUCGUAAUUA